GUGGAGUCACAGUUUCUUGAAAUCUUUUCAUGUUUGCCAGCAUGGGUUGUCAUCUGGACAGUUGAAGAUCAGGUGGUGUUCCAACUGAUGAAGACUGCAUUCCUCACAUCUUCAAAGCGAAAAUAAGAAGUUACUGCAAAAAUAGAAGUAUCAACUUUUCCACAUUACACACACAAACACACACACACACACACACAAAACUAUUAAGAGCAGUGAUUCAGACAUUUCCUGUGAAAUCUGCUUUAGCAAAUUCCUUGGCAGAGGCAUUAGAUGAACAGCUUACCCAUGGCUUCCAGUGAAAUGCAGCCCGGAAAACGAGAGAUAUAAACAAACGUUUACCCCCGUUCUGUUUACCUACACCAACCCCUUGGGGAGUGUAUCCGGUUGGAUUCUUCAUCAUCAUGAAUCCUGCCCAACUUCACAUUUUAAAACAUCGAGACCAUAUGAAAGACCUCCGAAGGUACCUGGUGUUCAAAUACAUCCAAUAUCUAGUCCUACCUUCUCCAAACACCAUUAUCACUCUACUGGGAUUGCUUGCCAGUCUGUAUGUUAUGCUGAUACUGACAUUUCCUUCUGUAUCCAGAAAAUCCACUGUGGUGUUUAUUAGUAACAUAGCUCAGGCAGACAUCUUAGUUGGCUGCAGCAUUUUUUCUGCCAUUACAGAAGGUGUGAUAAAGAAUGAAACAUUGGCAGCUUCUUUUCAAUUUGCCUUGAGGGAGAACUUCCAAAUUGCAAACGUCCAUGCCAGUUCCCUUUUACUCAGCUGUGUUAGCCUUGAGGCUUUUCUGAUUACUUUUCUUCCAGUAGAGACACGCCACAUAAGGAAUGUUAGAUGUGCCAGAGUAGCUUCUAAGAUCAUCUGGGCUGCUGUAAUUACUGAGUGUUUCCUUUAUCAGCUUGAGUGCAUCAAAGGCCUCAAUAUCUCUUAUAUUGGCAUUCAUAGGCAAGUUCGGCUAUUGAUGAAUUUCUGUUAUGACACCACAGCAUUGCUGAAAUUGAUUAUUUACCCAAUUGGAGUUCUUUUAAGAAUCUUCAACAUAUUUCUUUUCUAUAAAAUGUAUUUCUGAGACUGUUAUAGAUAGUUAAAAAUAUGAGAUACAGUGCCCAAUUGUUUUGUCAAACACUCAUAUUUAAUGGUCCUGUAAAGACAUUUUAUAGAUACAAUUAACUUUUAAUUUGCUACCAUUAAGAAAAAGACUAACAUCAGUAGUGAAAAUGGACCUCAUCUAAUCAGCUGAAGGCCUUGAGAACAAAACACAGGUUUUCCAGCGAAAGGAAUAUUGCCUGAAGACUGGUAACAUGAGGUUCGAAGCUGUUGUCUGUACUGCAUAUUUCAGCCUCAAGACCACUGCAUCUGUGUUCCUGAUGUUCCAGCUUUGUGUUCCACUGUCACAGAGUUUGAACUUUCUAGCUCUGAAAAAUCAUGUAAGACAGUUAACUUAAAAGAAAGAGAAAAUACAACUUGCUUGGUCUGGAUAAUGUCACUUAUACGUGCAUUUUCAGGGCUGACUACUUGGUGUUGGGUAACUAAUGGGUGUGCUCUUCCCUGGGAAGACUAUUUCUCCUGCUCUCAGCAUUUCUUAGUUGCCUGUAGUUCUAUGUCUAGGGUUGAGGCCUUGUGAGCUUUCCAUCUCCAUAUUAGCCUGUCUGUUGGUGUUGUCCUUGUUCAGGUCAUGUUAAGGCAGCCAUGUUGGUAAGACUUCAUGGAUGUAGCUUCUGACGUUACUAAGAGAGAGAGUCUCAGAGCAAACUCCCUUAUCUCCUGGCUCUUAGAAUCUUUUCACCCUCUCUUCUACAAUUACAAUUGAUGAAAAAAGAGACCAUGAAUUGAAAGAGAGCAAGGAGGAGUUUAUGGGAGGGUUUGGAGGGAGGAA